AUGCCCACCCCAUUGGGUCCUUCCUCAUCCCGGGAGAGCGUUGAGUUCUCCAUUCAACUCGCCGACGCCUCUUGCCCGGCUUGUCUCACUAUGUGUCUUGUAUCCGAGUUGUCAAGACAGAGUGACUCGAAAGAAGCCACCGCCAAGUGUGCCUCUUGUGAGGGGAGAUCAAGAGUGGAACGUAUGCGCGUUUGUCGCACCUGUGCUCGCUCAGGAAAGAUCAAUAUUCGGAAAGCGAAACGGGAUGAGGUGAGCGCCUAUGUGUUCUGCUCGGAUUGCGCCAUCGAGAAGCACCUCGAUCAGAAACACGAAAUGGACAAAUACAUGAACUAUUAUAAUCGCUCCGAAAUGGAGAAUAUCAGUGAAAAGGUGCGCACCGAUGUGACGGGAGUGAGAGAGACCGUGCUGCAGAUAAGCGAGAAUGCGCAAGCCGGAGCGCAGAAGUGGAUUCAUGAUAUGAACAAAAUCUGUCGAGUUGGUUUGAAGAUUCGCUCAGCUGAUGAGUGUCAUCGAUUGCGGGAACAAGUGAAUGAUGAGAUUAAAAAGGUAGAGCAGGCAACUGAUGAGCUCCUCACAGCACAACGGAAAUACAUCCAAUCCACAGAGGAAAGUCGCGAGAAUCUGCGCAAAAUUAUGGAUGAUCUGAAGAAAACCCGGCGAAAAGAGAAUGGCGGAGGGAUUUUUGCGCGAUUUGGUGGACUUUUUUCUAAAGGGAUCUAUGGGACAACGCAAAAGGCGAUUUCUGCACCGGCGAUCACUCAAGAGGAUUCACUGGCAAUUGACGGGAAAAACGAG